UAAAGCAGCUCGGGCCGCCUCUGCUGCCUCCCACCACAGCAAGCAGUUGCUACAAACGCACCUCUUGUUCUCCCAAACUCUUCACCUCAAACUUGAUCUACUCCGGUCUCGACGCUCACGAGGCGAUUAAAUUUCGGAAUUUGGGGCAACACAUCACCAAGAACUCAGCGAUGAAGCAAAAGAUCGUGAUCAAGGUGCAGAUGACGAGCGACAAGUGCCGCUCCAAGGCGAUGGCGCUGGUGGCUGCCACGGGCGGGGUCGACUCGGUGGCGCUCGCCGGCGACGGCAGGGACCAGGUCGUCGUCGUCGGCGACGGCGUGGACUCCAUCAAGCUCACCAGCGCGCUGCGUAAGAAGGUGGGCCCCGCGCGGCUGGUGCAGGUCGGCGAAGACAAGAAGAAGGAGGACGACAAGAAGCCCGCCGUCGUCGUCACCGUGCCCGAGUACCAGUGGUACUACAACUACCCGCCACCGCCGGUCGGCGUUGUGUACGAGCACGGAUACGGGUACCACACGCGUCCGGACACCUGCUCCAUUUUGUAGAGUAGACGGCGCGUGCGCAUGUGUGCAGAUUUUUUUUUUUUACGUGGUACGCGUGUGAACGUAUGUGCGAGACAUGGCUUUACCUUCCAUGCAUGCAGAGCAACCAUGUACUUUGUGAACCGGCAAUACUAUCUGUACUUCUUAUAGGUGUAGCGUACGUUUUAAGGUAUGGAUAUGUAUAGAAUAUGAUGUGUGUUUGAACGUACGUUUGAGACUUAAAAAAAUGCUAUCUGUAACAGCCAAGCUAUAGCCUGUAUCUAUAAAGCUCUGGAUGCAUCGAGAUUAA